AUGGAUUCUGAAGUUGCACCAAAGUUUGCGCCCUUUAUUGGCAUGGGUGGCAUUGCUGCGGCAAUGGUAUUCGGAUCUAUCGGUGCUGCAUAUGGAACCGCGAAAUCCGGCAUUGGUAUUGCGGGUGUGGGAACGUUUCGACCUGACCUGAUCAUGAAGUGUCUGAUUCCUGUCGUCAUGUCAGGUAUCAUCGCUGUUUACUCUUUAGUGAUUUCGGUCCUCAUCGCAGAAGACUUAACGCCGCCGUCUGUGGGCAGCUACAGCUUGUUCGCCGGGUUUUUACACCUUGGUUGUGGUAUCGCUGUAGGCAUGACAGGUCUAGCUGCAGGAUAUUGCAUUGGCGUCGUCGGCGAAGCUGGCGUCCGUGCGUAUAUGGAGCAGUCGAGAGUAUUCGUGGGCAUGGUGUUGAUUUUGAUUUUUGGAGAGGUUCUCGGGCUUUACGGGCUCAUCGUCGCGCUUCUCCUCAACACACAAAGCAAGGGCUAA